CUUAGAGUCAUUUCCCUGUUCCAAAGAAAAGGUAGUGGGUUUACGCGUGGCCACGGGAGAAAGGUCUGUCCUCUCUCUCUCCGGGACUUCGACGGCGAAGAAGAAGAAAAGGAAGAAGAAGAGCGACGCAGCGAGCACCUGCCUGCCUACGGCGGCCAGACGCUAGGGGAGCUGCGUCCGAGACUCUGAUUCUUCACCGGCGAUCCGCAGCGCUCACCGCAGCCGUAGCAUGAGUUGGCGGCCGCCGAUCUCGCCUGGCCGCCUCCUUCUCGUCGUCCAAUUCGUCGCCCUCUGCUCGAUUCCUGUGGUUCCGUUCUACCACCAAAAAACAUGAAAAGGUCUGGACGUCUGGUGAAAAAUGAGAACAUCGAUUCGAUACAAGAUUCAUCUAUGAUGCCACACAAUUUGAUCCACACGCCGAGAAACAAGAAUGACAAAUUCUGCUCUGGUAGUAGCCAAUUCAAAUUCAGAGGGGCUUUUUCUUCGAGGCUUGUCACACUUGAUACCAUUGAUAUAUUUACCACUCAUGAAUGGUUCUCCAGACCAACUGUGUUUUUCCGCUGCAGUGGAGAUAACCAGACAUAUUUGCCUGACGUGAAGGAGGCAAAUUUGAUAUAUACCUUUAAGGGUGAAGAAUCAUGGCAGCCCUUAACGGAACUUCCAGAAAAGAAGUGCAAGCGAUGUGGUUUGUACGAACAGGAUAUGUUUAGAAAUGAUGUGUUUGAUGAAUGGGAGCUGUGUUCUAGUGACUUCAAAGAUGGCAAGUACACACACUUCAAGGAAGGGCAGUUCAAUGCGACCUUCCUGUGCCCAAACUGUACUGUCUCUGUUGGUGAUGCUGCAGCCCAUCACUCUAGCUCAGAGGUGGAAGCCAAAAAGACAUCUGUUGCUGUUACCAUAAUAGUAAGCGUUCUCGCUUCCGUUAUCGUCGUCCUCGCCUUGUUCGGAGCCUACAAGUACUGGCUGAAAAAGAAGAGGGAGCGGGAUCAGUUACGAUUUCUCAAGCUCUUCGAGGAGGGAGACGACAUGGACGACGAGCUGGGCCUGAGCAAUGAACUCUAAGAUAGCGAAUACAGUCUGACGCCCUGAUCUCCAAUCAUCCCAGAUUAGUUCACGUCGCCGUGUAUAAAAUGUUCUUCUUCUUUCCAUUUCUCUUUUCAGUUUUUAGCUUCAAAUUUUUGUGAUGUACAGCACCUCCACGGUUGAAAGACACAACUCUGACAGCAACAGAACAACUCUUUCGAUU